AAAUCGCUGUCAUGACAACCAAAAAAUAGCGCUCUUUAAGAAUAACAACAAUCAUAAAAUUAUAAAAUGAGCAGCGAAAAAAAGGCAAUGGAAUUGCAAUUCCAAGUGCGCCAGAACGCACGUGACUAUCAGAGCUCGGUCCAGGAUCUCUUCUCAUGGGAGAAGGAAAUCAAAAGCAAAGAACAGGCAAUGCAAAAUGCGCCCGCACCAACUGUUCAGACAACCAACGUGCCGGUGCGCAGUCACGUGACAAAGGGAAAUGAGACGCGGAAACCAAUAGCAAACAGUGCCACAGGUAGCCCCGGUGGCUCAGCAGCAAGCACGCCGACCGAGAAACAAGACUUUCCGACGGACGCAUUGGCACAACUGCACAAAAAAGCUAAUGAUAUUAAAGAUCGUGGCAACAACUAUGUGAAACAGUCCGACUAUGAGAGAGCCAUCGAAGCGUACACUGAGGCCAUAGACGUUUAUUCUCAAGAUCCCAUUUACUUUAUCAACAGAGCCUUAUGCUAUCUGAAGCUAGAACGCUAUGAUAACUGCGUUGAGGAUUGCGAUGCGGCCAUUGGGCUAGACAAGCUAUGCGUUAAGGCCUAUUAUCGACGCAUGCAGGCGAAUGAAUCGAUGGGCAAUAAUAUGGAAGCUCUCAAGGAUUGCACCACCGUGCUUGCCAUAGAUCCCAAGAACCUUGAGGCCAAACGGAGUUUGGAACGCAUCAACCAACGUUUGCGCAAGAUUGCUAACAAAAACGGUCCCAACUUUAGUGAAAGUCGCGACGAUUUUGUAGAUAUUUUACCAUUCGAUAAGCCCGCUUACAAGCGCUCAAAGCAGCCCAUGCGUCGUGUGCCUGUGGUGGACAUUGUGUCGCCCCGGCCCAACCAGGAUGAGCAAAAGCCAUUGCGCAUAUCGGAUGAGGAAAUUGAUAAGAUAUUCAAUAGUAAUUGCGGACCUUUUGAGGAAGUGAAAAAGGCAAAAAAAGAUAAGAAUGUAACUAAGCCAAAUUCCUUGAAAGCGAAGGAAAAAUUAGAUGUAAAAAUUCAGGAACCCAAGCAACCAGCUGCUCAGUUAAAAGUCACAGAAAAUUGUACAAAGUCCUUAGAAAAAAAUGUCGUUAUUGAGCCAGUUCAAGCUGUAAAACCAGAAGAUACCUCUAAUAGUAACAAAAUCGUAGAACAAACUGUUGAAACUACCUCACAGCAAACCGAAAAAGCUGAAGACUCCGAUAAGACUACCCAAGCUAUAGAAAAAAUAGUCGAAAUUAAAAAAUCUAAUACAAUAAUUACUUCAACUGAGCAAGAAACGCAAGUCACAGAAUCCGCCGACGGCUCAAUGGAGCGCAUUCCAGCUGCUCCAGCCGGCACAGCCCAGUUUUAUAUAACAUGGAAGGAACUGUCGCCAAAUCAGAAAUAUCACUAUUUGAAAUCUAUUGAAAUACCAAGCCUGUGCAAAAUACUUGGCGCCGGCUUUGAUUCGGACACAUUUACGGAUCUAUUGCGCACAUUGCAGGAUUUCUAUGUGCCCAACAAGGAGCCAACAACAGCUGCAGUGCUACUCGAGAUAAGCAAAAAUGAUGAAUUCAAUAUCUUAGCCAUGCUUAUGUCGCAGGAGGAGAAGAAAAUGAUUGCUUUCAUAAUGGAUGGCAUUAAGAAGUUUCCCAAAAACAAUCCAGCCCUAUUGGAUAAACUUAGCAAGGCCUAUAAUUUAGCCUGAAGUUAAAAAUUGUUAUAAACAAUAAACGUACUUGAUUUGCUUCAGAUUGUUAGCUCAAAAAGAAAAAUGUUUUUAAAAAUGUUAAUUGCAAAUAGAUGUGAGAAACCUAAAA